CACCGAUCGUUUUCAGAGUAAUCGUUCUAAGAUGGCCAAUAACGCUUCCACAAACAUUUUGCGAUCCCUCAUCGAAAAGGAAAAAUUGACUGAAACAAAUUUUAUAGACUGGUCCCGUAACAUGAGGAUUGUCCUCACCCACGAAAAAAAGCUGUAUGUGCUGGAUGGACCCAUUCCUGAGGCACCUCCUGCUGGAGCUUCUGCGGCUCUAAGAAAUGCUCAUGCCAAGCAUCUCAAUGAUUCCGUAGAAGUUUCAUGCAUCAUGCUGGCUUCAAUGACUCCCGAGCUGCAAAAACAACAUGAAGGGAUGACAGCGUUCGAUAUGAUCGAACAUCUGAAGACUCUUUAUGAAGAGCAAGCCAGGCAUGAGAGGUUUGAUGUCUCUAAAGCCCUGUUUUCCACCAAGCUGUCAGAGGGAGGUCCCGUAGGACCUCAUGUGCUCAAAAUGAUUGGCUACUCUGAAAACCUAGCUCGUUUGGGAUUUGUCCUUGAACAAGAGCUAGUCGUUGAUCUUGUGCUGCAAUCGUUGCCUGAAAGCUUCAACGCUUGCAGCUAUGUUAAGAACUGCUGA